AUGGUGCCGAGCCAGUCGCAGAGCAAGCAGCAACGGCCACACAUGAGUACUCUUUCCUUUGCUCGCGUGCGCUGCCGACCUGACCUGAAGCACGUCCGCGACUUCGACAGCCCCAGCUACAAGACUGUCGACAUCAUUUCGGUGCACGGCUCUGAGAAGGAGAUGGCCAUCAUGCGCCACAAGAAGGACGACCGCGUGUUUGCGGCGUCGGCAAACUCGGGCAGCAAGGCUGACUUUGCGAAGUACCUUCGCUCGACGUACCAAAACGCCAAGGCAUGCGCAUCUGCUUCCGGGCUGACCCUCGUGCCGUCCGACUGGACGGAGCCCGAAGACGGGGAGCCGCUCCCGAUCUCCACCAAUCUCCCUACCUCGCCCGAUCGCCUCGCGGAGGCAAUCGCUCAACACGUCGCCCAGUCGCCGAUCUUCCAGCGGCAGCUGCAGGACGCGACCAACUCGAUCAACACCAACACCAACGAGGCGGUGUCGUUCGAGGGCGAGCGCACGCGGGCGCAUGUGAGCUCGACUGUCACCCCCGCCGUCCUGGCGGCCAAGGCUGCUGAGCGCGCCGCUCUUCAGAACGCCAAGUCGCUCAAGGCGUCUUGCUUGGCGACCUUUGCCAUGGCGGAGGCGCAGUCGGUGCAGCUCUCUAACCUCGGCACGUUCCUCGGCAUCGCGGACGGGUCUGGCGUUGAGCUGGCGGCCGACCAGCUUGCCAAGCAAGAUGACGUCAAGACCAUCGCCGGUCCCGAGGCGGUGGCGGCGAAGCCGCUCGCCUCCCUCUCCUCGCCGGAGCGGUCCCACCUCAAGGCCACGCUCGACAAGCAGCACGAGCUCAUCAAGGGCUGCUUCGCCGAGGCGCUCGCGGCGGCCGGCUCCUACGCCUCGCUCGUCGCGCUAAACGACGCCAUCGUCGUCAACUGCGAGACCGAGCAGCAGUACGAGCUCGAUGGCGAGCACGCACCCGACCACGCCCGCCUCCGCGGCGACCUCGCGGCCGCGAUGGCAAAGGCUGGCCCGGGCGGCCGGGCGGGCGCGGCCUGGGUCGGCGCCUUCCGCGCCAAGUACGACGCGCACGACGAGGCCUUCGACGAGCCCGCCUUCGGCUCGCUGCAGGCGGUGGCGGCGAAGCCGCUCGCCUCCCUCUCCUCGCCGGAGCGGUCCCACCUCAAGGCCACGCUCGACAAGCAGCACGAGCUCAUCAAGGGCUGCUUCGCCGAGGCGCUCGCGGCGGCCGGCUCCUACGCCUCGCUCGUCGCGCUAAACGACGCCAUCGUCGUCAACUGCGAGACCGAGCAGCAGACGUGUGUCCUACUUCCCCCCCGGCUGGGGCCCGGCGCGGGGUUUCGCACUUGGACUGGCGGCGCGACGUCCUGCAUGUAA